GUGGAGUGUGGAGUCGGGCUGCGCGCUGACCGUGUCUGCGGCUGCGAGCCACACCGGUCGGGGGACGCUUCCCGGCAGCGCGGGCGGCCCCGGUCCCCUCGGGCUCCGCGGUCCGGACGGCACCAUGGACGACAAGGAGCUAAUUGAAUAUUUUAAGUCCCAGAUGAAGGAAGAUCCUGACAUGGCCUCAGCAGUAGCCGCCAUCCGGACUUUGCUGGAAUUCUUGAAGAGAGAUAAAGGGGAGACCAUCCAGGGCCUGAGAGCAAACCUCACCAGUGCCAUAGAAACCCUGUGUGGCGUGGACUCCUCUGUGGCCGUGUCCUCAGGCGGGGAGCUCUUCCUACGCUUUAUUAGCCUCACCUCCUUGGAAUACUCGGAUUACUCUAAAUGUAAAAAGAUCAUGAUUGAGCGGGGAGAACUUUUUCUCAGGAGAAUAUCCCUAUCGAGAAGUAAAAUUGCAGAUCUGUGCCAUACUUUCAUCAAAGACGGGGCGCGAAUAUUAACUCACGCCUACUCCAGAGUGGUCCUGAGAGUUUUGGAGGCAGCAGUGGCGGCUAAGAAGCGUUUCAAGGUGUACAUUACAGAGUCACAGCCUGAUUUAUCAGGUAAGAAAAUGGCCAAAGCUCUCUGCCACCUCAACGUCCCUGUCACUGUGGUCCUAGAUGCUGCUGUUGGCUACAUCAUGGAGAAAGCGGAUCUUGUCAUAGUUGGCGCUGAAGGGGUUGUUGAAAACGGGGGCAUCAUUAACAAGAUUGGAACCAACCAGAUGGCCGUGUGCGCCAAAGCACAGAACAAGCCUUUUUAUGUGGUUGCAGAAAGUUUCAAGUUUGUACGGCUCUUCCCGCUAAACCAGCAAGAUGUCCCAGAUAAGUUUAAGUAUAAGGCAGAUACCCUGAAGUCUCUGCAGACCGAACAGGAUCUCAAAGAGGAGCACCCGUGGGUGGACUACACGCCUCCUUCCUUGAUAACACUGCUCUUUACAGACCUGGGGGUGUUGACACCCUCAGCGGUCAGCGACGAGCUCAUCAAGUUGUAUCUGUGACCGCUGGACCCUUCCCUGCUGGCGCAGCUGAGGCACUUGGGGCGGGGCACCUUCCAGAAAUACAAAUUAGAUUACUGGCUACUUAUCCAGUGAAAGACCUGCCCAAGCCCACCUCCCUUCUUCCCUGCACUCCAGACUGAUUUGCUACAAGCAUCAAAGAGAUGCAGGCCUUCCUGUGCAGCCAGGCGCCCCUUCAGGAACUAACAGCUGCCCGGGACACACAUGACGCACGGCGCCUCGUGAGAAAGGCUAGAAACCGUGUUCAGUUCCCAUCAGGCUUCCAGCGGUGAACACGAGCCAGGGACUGCCAUCCCCUCAUCGGUCUGGGGGCAGACAGAAUGGAAACCAGCAAGAGAACCCAAGGAAGGCGGAAACGCCAUUUAGCAGGAGCAUCCUAUAUGGCUCAUCACGUAUGAAGACCUUCCAGAACGUUUAUAAGCUGAAAUUCUGCAUCUGUGAAAGAUGUGAAUCUCCUUUAGAUGUUGUUUGUGCCUGAACAGCUUUUUAAAAUUGUACUUGGGGACAAAUCGAGCAUCUUUUCAAAUAAAUUCUAUGAGGGGUUUUGAGACGGUGUUGCAUCAGUACUGAGAGCUACCCGAGGCCCAAAGGUCCUGGCCAUCUUGGUGAGGCCUCUGCAGCUUCUGUCACACACCCAAGACAGUCAGAUGGAAGGAAAUAAUUUAUUCAACACGAGGCAUAUUUUUUUCCCAGAUUAGGAUUUGCUUCUUUAGUUUUUCAGAUACUCCCCCAUAAAACAGCGGUGAGGACUAUUCUUUGACAAGAACCCCAGCAACAUCAGCAACCCCAUGCCGGUGUUUUGUACAACCCCUGAAAGAGAUAACGAAAGUCCAGGGGAAAGGACACCCAGGAAGCUCAGAUGCCCGAAAACACUAAGGAACCUUAAAAAGCCAAAAAUCAAGUCUACCUCAGUAUCUUUGUUAGAAAGUUAGGUAUAAAAUAGCCACAGAAAAAUGAGCUUUAAUUUAUAGGCGACCCAUCAAAAUAAAUAUUGACAUCUGUUAUUUACACUCCGACAGUUACGCUCUUCCGUUACACUUAAAGGCCGGUGU